AUGGGCAUUGUCCGGCUUGUUCUGCUCGUCUUUGAUGGCGCAAGCAGCUUCGGAUCGGCGUACAUGGGGUGGACUUUUGUGCCGGGCAGCCUUCUUGGCAGCUACGUCGCCUUUGGCUUUACCGGCAUGUUUGGCAGCGAGGACCACGAGCUGACCUUUGCCAUGUGCCGGCGGCUGCUCGAGUCGUCAGCCAAGUAUGCGGUGUGCGUGAGCGGAGUGGCGCAUCCGACACUCGCUGGGAUUCACGGCAUUCCGGCGUACGGCUCGCUCGGACGACACGUCGUUGAGCUCAUUGCUCGUCGCUAA